AUGAUUCUAACAUCAGCAUACAUUCUUGUUUUACUCAGCAUAACUGGUCUUGUAUUAACUAAUCCUGUUCAAUACACAUCAUCAAAUGAAGAAUCUGAAAAUAUUACAUUAGCUCCAGCUAUCGAUAGAGCUGAAAAAACGCUGGAACAUUAUUCUCAUUUAAUCAGUUCCGAUACUGAUCAUCUUGUUUAUGGCAUAUUGCAUGUUUUAAGGAAAGAUCCAACAGCAAUUACAUUUAUUCCAUAUGAUGCAAUGGAUAUAGUAUUCAAAAAAGUGGCAGAAAAACUGGGUUACGAUGCCGUUGAAACUAUAUCAAAACCUAUUCUAUUGUCACUUGAAGAAAAGGAUAGACAACCAUCAACAUUUAAAUUAACCGAUGAAACAAGGGAAAAAAUUGAAGAAGAUUUGGACAACUUUUUUUAUAAACAAGCCUUUGAUCAUCAUAUGUGA